CAACACAAGCUUUGUGGUCAAACUUUUCAGCUCUGACUGAGGGGCGUCCAUCGGGGGCACCUUAGCUUAGCACCUUAUCUCUUGCACUGACAUGUCAUUCAUGAACUAAUGAAAGUGAAUAUGUCGUCUCCUCUCAACGCGGUUUCUGUGUCACCGGGAGUCAGCGUCACGACCGUGAAUCCUCUUCCUUUUGUUGUAUUUCUGAGGGAGAUGUGUUUUUACUUCCUGGGUCUCAGGGUCUGUCACACUCCCCGGCCCAGGUUUGAAGUGGAUCCUUCGUUGCUGAACGAGAGACAUGAGCGGGGACGGGGACCUAGUGAGUGCCUAUGCUCACAGUUUGGAGCUUCAAAUUGUGGGGAGGGGCUCCAGCCUGGUGUGUAGGGAUGAGGAGCUGUGGAGCCAGGUGGAAGGGCUAAUGAGGGACCGGGAUGCUCGAGAGACACACUGCCUGGGUCUCGAUCCACUGACCGUGAUGGAGGAGUCACUGCAGGCAGCAGCAGCAGCAGCAGCAGCAUCUAGCACACGAUGGGUCAAAGGCAGGGGAGGGCUGCAGGGCCUUGAAAGAGCAUUUGAGGUCCUGGAACAAGCGUCUCUGAACCUGCACCUCUGUCCCUGGAGGGAAGAGUACAAAGUGAUCAAGAUGUACUCUGGUGUGUUCACCCAUCAUAUCAAACCGAUGCUGUCGAUGCCACAGAUCGAGAAGCUGUUCGGCCUGCUGGGAUAUAAACCCGGCUCUCGGCCAGAACAGCUCCGUCUCCAGUCUCACAGAGUCAGUCCCACCUCUCUGGACGACCUCCUCUGCCUCUCAUGUGCCUUCUUCUUGGCCCGCUGUGAGUGCCGCCUCCUUCUGCUGGCUCUGGGAGAUUACGCUGGUGAGGUCCUGUGGGAGCUGGGUGUGGUGAGAGAGAGGCAGACUGGACAGAGUCUGAAGGUCGCCCUGGACAACACCAAGAAGAUGCUUGUAGUGGAACAGCAGCUGAUGGUGCAUGGAGAUUUGGAGGUGGAUCUGUACACAGACCUGCAGGAAAAUGGACGGCAGGCAAGGGCGGCGGUUGAUGACGAGAGUCCCCAAUCUUUAGCAUGGGACACUCACAAUAGGGCAUCUCCCCCUGCGAUCAAAACACAAAGCAACGGAAUUGCGUCCUUGCCCUCCCCAUCCACCUCCCUGUCCACCAGAGAGCCUGUCUGCGUCUCCACACUUAACUGCCAGCUUAAGACGCCACCAGAGUCACACGCCACCAGAAGCUCCUCAACCAGCGCCAGGCAGCGCAGGCGCCUCGCUGAAGACCGGCAGCCACACAGUCUGCAGGUAGAAGUCUGCAGAAGUGAAACUGCAGCAGAGCAAAUGUGCGGCUGUCUCCAAAAUCCUCAUGUGUGUGUUAAACUUUGUAGAGACUGCAACAGCCUCCACGAUAUCAGCUGUGACUCUCUGAAGCAUUGCAACACUGAGCGUCACUGCGUGAGUUUUCCUGACAAUCCAAAAGAAGAGAUGGGAAAAUUGGGAGCAAUGUCCCGUCAUACUGGAGUUAGGGCAUCACCUAGUCUCACCAGCAGCAGCGCAGCAAUGUCCUCCUUAGAUCUGAGGGAGGAGUGCAAAUCGAUGACCGCACCAAUCAGCUAUCAUGACUGCUGUGACCUCGCCCAGCCGGACCCCCAGGUCCUGUGUCUCAGCUGCAGUGUUUUCCACACUGGGUCCUGCAGAGGGAUUCAUUAUUGCGAAGCUGAAGAACAUGACACCAAGUCUCUGGGAGUGUGCUCCUGUGGAAAUAAAGCUUCAAGAGAUCCUCUGGUUCUGUGCAGAUAUUGUGGGAAUGAGUAUUGUAGGGAUUGCUGGUACAGAAAUCCUUUGACAUGCCCCUGUGGUGAAAGGUUUGACCAGUCGUCUUGUGUGUGAUUUAUCUGGAUAGUUGUGCAGUAAUAGAAAAAUCACAGUGCCUUAAAUGAAUUUAACUAAACAAGAAAUUCAAUUGUUGCCUUUAUACUGACAUGCAGUAUUGAGUGUGCUCCAUUUUUUUCUACUUGCAUCAUCUCUCCGAAACUUGCAUAGUUACCACUCUCAAGCUGUUUGAAAUGCUUUGUACUGUUCACACAUGGCGAUGUGAUAACAGCUUGUGCUUUCUUUUGUCACUUUAAUGUAAUCUUAAUGUAAAGCACACAGAAGUCUGUUUUCAUCUGUUAAUGCUGCCUGUACUGUUCACAGACUGGAUUAAAAAGGGUAGAUAUGUCA